UUGUUUUUUUUAGUGCGUUUUAUUUCCACUUUUUUUUUCAAUAUGAAAUUUUCUUAUUUUAGACAAAAAGACAUUCGUGAUAUAAGUAAUGAAGAUGAUUCUAGAGAUACAAGAUUAGUCUUUUCUAGUGGAAGAUAUAAAUUUUCUACAAAAAGAUAUCACAUUUUGGAAUCGGAUAAUUUUAUUGACGCCAAUAAAGUUGAAUACAAAUUUGUUAAAGAUGAUAUUAAAGAAGACAAAUAUUAUAUUCGAAAAGUUGAAAAUUCAAAAAAAGAUUUUAUGUUUGUAGAUUUAGGAGGAUUCACAACAUAUAAAAUUUUAGGCGGUUGUAUAAAUCAGAUUACUGCCCGAUUUUUAGAAAUUUUUAAAGCUAAUCUUUUAAACGUUAUGUUUAAAACACCCGAUGAUACUGUUGAAAUAUUUAAAUUUCGUUUAAAUAUUUAUUUUGGUCGAGAAUUAUUUUCUAAUAUUGAAAAAGAAAGUUUUACUCCUAAUGAAUGGAUUAAACAUAGGCGUGAACCUGAAAAAAAUAUGCCAUCAUUCCAUCAUUAUGCACCUCAAUUUUUGAAAAAAUUGCUUAAACUUCAAGGAGAGUUUAAAUUUCAAUUGGAAGAAAAGGAAGAUUAUGAAAUAACUAAAGGAAAAGUUCAUAUUUAUUUUAAUCAUGGUUUAAAACGAAGAAUGGCUAAAUUAAAAUAUAGUGAAGAAGAUUCUUUAUGGAAAUUAACCGAAUUACGUGAUACUAAUACACUAGUAAAUUUGGAUUUAAUAUCUGGAACUGAAGAACCAGAUUUUAGAUUUUCUAUGAGAAUUAGAUGUGAAACAUAUAAGUCUCCUAUUAUAUCUAAAAUUGAAAACAUUGUAAAUGAAGCACAUACUAAAAAUUCUAAACCAAAAAAUGGAUUAUGGCUUCAGGCUAAAUAUUUUGAAGGUGUACUUGAAAAUGUUGAGAUAAGCCAAACUAUCACAAAAAAACGAUUCAUAAAUGAAAAUUAUAAAAUCUCCGUUCAUACUCUUAAAAAAGAAUCGAAAGGUGAAUUAUCAGAUCAAGAAACAAUAUGUCUUGAAAGUUUAAAUUGGAGAGAUAUAGAGGAUGAAAAUAAAUUGGGUUAUGGAGAUAUCUAUAAUACAAUCUCUAAACCAAUACAUUAUGUUAGGGGAAUGAUGAAUGAACUUAAAAAAAUACGUUGACAUUUAAUGUUAUUAUGAUUUUGAUUUGGAUUAUAAAUUAUAGUUUUUUUUCAACAUAUACUAUAUAAGUAUUUAUUGGAGCACCAGAUUUAUUAUUUUUCAUUUUG